UAUUUCCACCCAAUUGGUAGCUGAGAAGUUUGAUUGGUUGAAACACCGGAAGCCGGAACAAGCUCACAUGUUCUUUUCAGUGGACGUUUGUAAAUAGUGAUUUUUUAACCUUUUGUUUUCAGUCACACGACGCGUAAUGGACUCCAAUCCCUGAGAUGAUGGAGACAGCAGCGUUCGUGGCGCCCGUCACUGCUCUGGAGUUCCUUCAGGAUUCACUUCUAUUGGCUGGUGAGGGUCCAGUGUUGACGGCAUACAGUCUUCAGCCUAAACCUAAAGCAUGUAUGUCAAGGACUGUGCUCCAACAUUACCGCAUCCACGGGAUAAGACCACGAAUCUCGUCAACGCCACAAAGCUCUGAUACCGAAACCAAUGGUCUUAUCUCCACUGACCUCGCUGUGUUUGGUGGGAAAGCUGUCCGACUGCUGAGACUCUGUGUGGAUGUCUCUGCCGUGCAGCAACCACACGUAGAUAUACUGGGCCCCCUCGUGGAGCUACAAGACUGGGCCCUGGAUGUCCGCUGGCUAUGUGACAGCAAACAGCCUCUCCUGUGUGUGGCUGUGGCCCAUAACGCUGCUCUGCUCCUGGACAUGAACACAGGAAGUGCCUUGGCUCAGUGCUCCUGCCUGGAAAGCUGUCUGCUGUACUCUGCCCUGCUCGUAGUGCACACAUGUUGGCAUGACACCAUCCUGGUCGGAGGGACUGUUUUCAACCAGCUGGUUCUCUGGAAGCCUGGCAGUCAAGAAAGUGAGCACAAGGGUCAAGUUGAAAGACGGCUGCUGGGACACAGCGGCGUAAUCUUCAGCAUCUCUUACCUGCAGGAGAAAGGAUGGCUGGCCUCAGCUUCGGAUGACCGCAGUGUGAGGGUGUGGGCUGUGGGAACUUUAGGGGGCGUAGGAGGGAGCUGUGGAGACCUGAACGCGACUUGUUUACGAGUCCUUUUUGGACACCAGGCAAGGGUAUUCUCUGUGCGUCUGUCCCCGAGGAGAGUGUUUAGCGCGGGAGAAGACGGAGCCUGCUUAGUGUGGGACUUGGCUGGAGGCGGGACAGUGGUUCGCACCUUGAAGGGACACAGAGCAGGCGGGAUUCGGGCGCUGGCCGUCGCGGAAAGAUGGGUGGCGACUGGGGGAGCGGAUGGAGGGGUUAGAUUGUGGAAUGUGGAGGAAACUGACGGUGGAGAAAUGCUGCAAGCAGAGAAGACGACUGAUCUGGAGUUUUCCGGUGAGGGUUCACCUAAAGUUGUUUGUCUUCUCGAGGACGAGGAUGAUGACACAAAGUGGAGUAAGUGUAAGAUGGCGGUUUGUACUGACCAAGGAGUCGUUUAUCAGUAUGGCGAUGGCGACUGGGAGUUACUAUGGCGAGGGACUCCUGAGUUUCAAUCCUACUGUGUGAUGGAGACAAUCUCUGUUGCGGUGAAAGACUCAAAAAGAAGAGUUAAUUUAUGUGCUGUCGGCAGUCUCAAUGGAGCCUUAACAGUCUUUUUGAGCACUCAACCUCAGAAUGGCGUUCUCCUUCAAGCUGGUUCAGGCAAGAUCCACAGUCUUACCUGGCAAACCAGCGAUAAAGACGCGUAUUUGCUGGCGUCCGGGGCCGAGGGACGCGUCUAUCGCUGGUGUGUUGAUGUCACAACGAGCAGAAAUGGAGACCACAGUUCUUUGGUUCUUGGGGUAAAUCAUCUCCCUUCGUUUGUGCUACCGCCAUGUGCCAAACGAUGGCUGACGGCCGCAGUGCGACUCCAUUCGCAGGCACAGGGGGCGCUGUGGGUGUGCGGGGACAGAAGAGGGUCCCUGCUUUUGUUUCAGGACGGAAAAACUGACAUAAUAAGCGAAGGUUUGACGGCGUUAAGCUGCCUGUUUGGUGUCCACGGUAAACAAGGAGUAACGUCCGUGUGCGAGUAUGAUGGACUUCUGUACAGCACUGGGAGGGAUGGUUGUGUGCGUGUUUUUAGGUUGCAACAAAUACCUCAAGAAGCACAUGAAGGAAGUGGUCAAGUCGGUAUUCAGCUGCAGGUUCUGAGAGUCCAACGAGCCUGCAAAGGUAUGGAGUGGUUAGAGAAGGUUCUGAUUAUGAAACCGACAAACGCUGAGGAAGAUAAAUUCAUAAGUGAAAGUGAAAACCAAAAUAGGACACAAGAGUGUCUGGUAGAAAAGCCAGAAGAUGGCAGAGAGUUGAAGAUGGAGGAUAAGGGAAGAGAAGCCCGCUUUGUCAUCUUCGGCUUCCACGCUUCCCAUUUUGUGGUUUGGGACCCGGUGAAACGAGAGAGGCUGCUGGCGGUGCCUUGCGGUGGUGGACAUCGCUCCUGGAGUGUCUGGCCGACCCGCAAAGAGGUCUGGCCCGGGUACGCUGCUCUGGUCUUCAUCAAGCAGGGCUCGGUCCUGGCUUCAGAGCCUCCAGGGGAGCCGCCGAGCUGGGUCGCAGCCAGGACUGAAGGCUGGAGCCUGAGAGAGGGCAUCCAUGGGAGGGGGAUUGGUUGCGUUUGCAGGCUGGGGAGCGUAAAGGAGUGGGAGAUAAUCGUGACGGGCGGCGAGGACACCAGCGUGACCGUCCUGGCCGUGCACCCCGACUCCGGCAGCGUCAAAGUCCUCUCCGUUAUCACAGACCACAUCUCGAGCGUCCGCACCAUGGCGGCGCUCGCUGAUCAGUCGCAGUCCCUCACCGCGUUGCUGGUGUCAGCCAGCGGGCGAGCUCAAAUGCAGUGUUACCGGCUGUACCUCGUCUGGGACGAGCAGACUCUGUCGCCGUCCUGCCAGGUGGUGCAGGUGGCCCGUCACCGAUUGGACGAGCACUGGGAGAAGAGGCGGAACAGACACAAGAUGGUGAAAAUGGACCCAGAAACAAGAUACAUGUCGAUGUCCGUGGUGGAUCCCAACCACGCCUGUGUUCUUGUGGUUCUUGCAUGCAGUGACGGUGCGGUCAGAUUGUUCUCAGUCAGUGAAGCCAAACACCAAAUAGAUUUGUUAUGGGAGACCUUUCACCACCAGCGAUGUGUGCUCAGUGUCGCCACCUGUAGCCCGGAGGAUGGAAAAGGGAACAGUUAUGUGCUCCUGUUCAGUGCAGCAACAGAUGGACAAAUCGCCGUGUGGGACGUGACCCAAACAACCUCGUCUUCAUCCUCCGGCUCUUCAAGUGGUUCUCCGACUCCACCGACCCCCUGCCUCAUCAUCGCCGCCCACCAGAGCGGCGUCAACUCAUUGGCUGUCUGGGCGGACACACACCAAGAUGGCGGUUGCCUGGUAACUGUUUCCAGCGGAGGGGAUGACGGGCAGCUGACAGCUUCCACCAUCAGGGUGCAGUACCCACAAGAGGAUGACAGGACUGGGGGAUGUACCCCUCUUUGUCUUCAUCUCAUCUCCCAGUGGAAUGUGCCUCUGGCCCACGCUGCACCUCUGACCUCCCUGAAGUUCCUAAAACCUGACCUGAUAGUCACGGCCUCCUGCGAUCAGAGGAUUUGUAUGUGGAAGCUCUGCAGCACCGGCAUCAGCCACAGCGGGGCGCUGUUCUCCCAUGUUGCUGAUGCUGCAGGGCUGGCAGUGUGGGAGAAGCAGGAAGAUGAUCAAAAAAGUAAAAUUGUCCUUUGUGGAAGGAUGGAGAGUCAGACAUGCCUAGAAGGAGCUGAGUUGGAGACGGCUGGUGGGCGGGGCUUGAGGAAGCAGGAAGUAAAUAAUGAAGCAACCAGGAAUACAGACGGACACAUUUGGACGAUUAACGAAGAAAACACUGAAGUUGCUUCCACGGAGGAAAAGAAAGCGAUGGGAGAAAGGACGGGAUGGGUGCUAGUCUGUGGUCAAGGCCUUCAGCUGCUGAAAGUUACAAAUAAACAUCAUGGACUCGUACAAAAUGAGGAAAAGCGAGAAGAAUGUAGCUUUACUUUAAGUUAAUUGAAGUUAAGUUAAAGUUGAAGUACCAAUGAUUGUCACACACACACACACUAGGUGUGGUGAAAUGUGUCCUCUGCAUUUGACCCGUCCCCUUGUUCACCCCCUGGGAGGUGAGGGGAGCAGUGAGCAGCAGCGGUGGCCGCGCCCGGGAGUGGAGCGAGAAGCGACGCCGAGUCACUAUCACGAUACAAUUUUGUUUAAAUAAAGUUUGUUUUUAAUUCUAUUGCUUAAUUGUAAUCAGUGGGGCAGCUGUGAAGUAUGUUUAAAUGCUUGAGUAGCCGAAGACUCGAUAAUAUCAAAGGAAGUUGACACCACCGCAUUCAAAAUAAGGUUUUUUAAUGCUAUUUUACGGUACUACUUUUUAAAAAACGUCAAUGUGACAGUGUAAUAUUUUAAUAUCUGGUGCACAUACUGGUUUGUUUACACAGACUUCCUGCAGAAAAUACCAAUGCAUCGCUUAAACGUCACCGUGAACGCGGUCAAUAUAGCCGAGCCGUUUACUUGCCUUAACCGCAAAUAACGAGCUAUUCAUCAGAAUAAUUGGAGAGAAACGUCCUAUUUUAUUUCAUUUAUUUACUUCAUUUUGUUCAUGUCAGUGCUUUGGAGUGCACGAGAAAGUAGACGGAAAAAUGUGUUUCUCUUUGACCACGUUGAUAUUUAUCAACCAUAUUGCAGAACCGACGUUGGAACAGCAGCACGGAGAAAACUGCAUGAUUCGGAUAUGUUAAGAAAUAUUAUUUAUGAGUCAGUUCUCAUUCAUAACUCAUAAGCAAAUAUCAAAACCAUACACAAUUGCAAACAAUGCUAGUCGUAUGUGGUGACACAAUAAAGUAAAUAUUGUCAUGUGGUGUACCAACCAAGACAUUUCCAUCUCUCGACCCUGUGAAAACAAGUGAAGUGUCUGUCAAAUGGAGGUCGUGAACACUCCCGACUGCAUGUUUGCCAUUAAUAUUUAAGUAUAUUAUCCCUGUCUCAUGUUGCCCAUUUUGUCUGGCAGCCAUCUCCCAUCUGUCAUCACUCAGAGAAAGGAGGAAGGAGAGCGAGUCGGUCCCUUGAAAGACGGAGCAAGGCGAAGAAAGAGGUGACAAAAGACCAUGACAACUCCAUCGACUAAAUUGACAAGUUGCAUUGUGCAUAAGACAAGAUCUGCAAUCCAAAACUGAUUGAUUUUCUCAACCAAACAGCAGAGUCUUUGUUGGUGAUGCCACGUGAACGACUGCCCCUCAUUGGUUCAUCUGGGAGUAAAACAGUCAAGACUCAGAGGACCAAUGGCAGAAAGCGCAGCCAGAAGCAGACACCCUCAGCCCGUGUUGGACCACCUUCUGACUCCACCAUGACACCCUGGAGAGGCCCGCUUCUCUCCGACUCCUCCUUCGCGUCCGUUUUGGCGCCCCCUUCUCCGACACCCCCUCCGUCUACGCCCUUUCACAGCAAAGAGUCGACUUUGAGUUUCAACUCGCAAUCUUCCUCCCCCACCACUCGCGCACACAGCACAGAUGGAGAACUACCCAAGAAGCCGACGCUGCCCACCCAGGCUAGAGCCCCUCAGCUGCUCCGUCUGCCUGCACUGCAUCCCGUCACCAACCUGAGCUUCUCUCGCAGCUUCACCUUCUCUUUCUUUGAGCUUCCUCUGCAUCAGUCGCCUCCAUUGCGUUCCGAACGUAUGCGAAACCUCAUGGCGCUUUUGAGAGACACACACUACUAAAGGUGGCGCUGUUAUUUAUGAAGGGGCAAAUGGGACAAAAUUAAAUAAAUUAACCAUUAAUUCAAAUAAUUACUUAAAUAGAAUAGAAUAGACUAAUAUAGAAAGUACUUUAUUGAUCCCUGGGGGAAAUUCAGCACCACAGUUCGCACACAAUAGACAUAAUAUUAAUAAAUAAUAUAAUAUAUUAUAUAUAUAUAAUAUAUGAUUAAUAUAAAUAUAUUACCGUAUUUUACGGACUAAAAUCGCAGACUUAUACUCAGGAGUAGAGAUGUCCGAUAAUAUCGGUCUGCCGAUAUUAUCGGCCGAUAAAUGCGUUAAAAUGUAAUAUGGGAAAUUAUUGGUAUCGUUUUUUUUAUUAUCAGUAUCGUUUUUUUUUUUUUUUGUUGUUUUUUUUUUAUUAAAUCCACAUAAAAAACACAAGAUACACUUACAAUUAGUGCACCAACCCAAAAAACCUCCCUCCCCAAUUUACACUCAUUCACACAAAAGGGUUGUUUCUUUCUGUUAUUAAUAUUCUGGUUCCUACAUUAUAUAUCAAUAUAUAUCAAUACAGUCUGCAAGGGAUACAGUCCGUAAGCACACAUGAUUGUGCGUGCUGCUGCUCCACUAAUAGUUCUAACCUUUAACAGUUAAUUUUACUCAUUUUAAUUAAUUACUAGUUUAUAUGUAACUGUUUUUAUAUUGUUUUACUUUCUUUUUUAUUCAAGAAAAUGUUUUUAAUUUAUUUAUCUUAUUUUUUUUUUUAUUUUUUUUUAAAAAAAAGGACAUUAUCUUCACCAUACUUAUAAAACACUUCUAUCUGGAAAAACUAGUCAUUUUCUGCCGUACAAACCAGGCCAAAACCAAGUUGUCAUCUACCACUAAGCCACUGGUGCGUUUAUGGCCACACAAAAAGUCGGACA